AGUCCGUCAUUGAAUUGAAGUGGUAGAGUGGUAAGUGGGCGUACGGUCUAUGGAUUUCCUAUCAGUGGCAUUAGUUCCUUUUCAUUCUCUAGAUAGAUGGGCAGAACAAGCUUCUCUUUAUAUUCUAUUCUAGAAAGGAUCAAUUAGAUUCUCAUCUCCUAUUUGUUUGAGCCAUUCAUUAUAGUGGUGGUGCCGGGAAGGCUGCUUAGCACUCUAGUCCUUUUGAGUAAGGAAUUGUAGCAUGGGCAGGCAAUCUCUUCGAUUGAUUCCCCUCCAGGAAUUACUUGAAUUAAUUAGCCGGCCCACGGAGUGAAAUAUCGAACUUAACCUAUAAAUAACUAGUAUCUCAAAAACCAAAUAAAAGGCUUUCUUUUAAGCUUGUUAAUGGAAUUCCACAGGAGUCAAGCGCUAGCAAAGAAGAAUUGGAAAUCAGUCGCUUCCCUUCUGGACUCAAGUCAGCAGAAGAGUGAACUUCAUAUUAAUAGGUAAAUCCUACAUCAAGCGUAAAGGAAGUACACUUUUUUUGAUUCGGCGCUUAAUAACUCGUACUUGACGUUGGUUUCGGUUCGAUCAACUAUCCUUUUUGAAGCGGAUAGUUCACAGUGCUCAUUCUCAAAAAAAGCGGAAAAGCCAUGAUGUUUCCACUCCAUUUUCAUUACGAAGAUGUAUUACGUCAGGAUCUGUUGCUCAAACUGAAUCACGCCAAUGUUAUGGAAGUUCCUGGAUUGUUUGAAAUAAGAUUAGUACCAAAAGCUGCCUCUGAUUUCAGAAUCCAAUUUGGAAAAUUGGCUAUGGAGAUUUUGUGCGGUCAGAGAUUCAUACAGACACAAAGGGGCCCCUAUUUUCAAGCAGGAAAGUCGUUUCGAUCCAAUCCAUUCUUGGGGUCCGAAAAAGACACUGGAUAUGUCAGUGACUUUGCACGACAAAGCGUUCUCCGAGGGCAUGGAAUGUACCAUUUUUUGGUCAGAAUCUUUACAGUAAUGUCUAUGUUGGAUUCUCCGGUCGAAAUACGGGAAAACUCCAUCAAAUUCUUUAUGGAAACGGAGUUUCGCGAAUUCUCCCCGGAACUGGAAGAUCAUUUCGAGAUCUUCGAGCAUAUUCGAGGGUUCAAUGUGACUAUUGUCACUUCGGCCAAUACAAAAGAUGAGACUUUACUACUGUGGAGCAGCUUUUUGCUAAAAGAUGAGGGGGAAACUAAGUAA